AUAUCUAACUUGUGAAAUCAAAAAAUCGGUUCGGUGCGGUGCUUGAAAUUUAAAGAUAAUCUAGAAACUCUGAGAUAAUGGAGCAAUUCAAGGGCCUGCAAAAAUCCCUGUAUAUAUGGACGGAUAGCGCCGACCUGGACAAGCGUGUGGAGGCGGUGAAAGCAGCCACCGGCGGUGAGGUGGCCCUGGAAAAUGUGCACCGCCUGUCGUUUUCCUCCUAUGCCAACUCCAGUUUCGACCUGAUUGUGAUCGAGUGCGCCCAGCUGACCGACAAUUACGUAAAGCUGCUGCACAUGCUGAAACCCAGUGGCAAACUGCAUUUGGUUUCCUUCAUCGGACCGGCGAGCAGUCUGCUGCAGGAGGUGAAGCUAUCCGGAUUCAUCAACUGCCGCGAGGACUCACAGGUUGCCCUGACCGCCGAGAAGCCCGGCUACGAGACGGGAUCCUCGGCCAGGCUGUCCUUUGCCAAGAAGAACGCCAGUGCCGUGAAUGUGUGGAAGAUCAGCGGCGAUGAUGAGGAGCUGAUUGAUGAGGAGGAGCUGCUGGACGAGGAGGACAAACAGAAGCCGGAUCCGGCUGGCCUGCGUGUCUGCAGCACCACCGGAAAGCGCAAGGCCUGCAAGAACUGCUCCUGCGGCUUGGCCGAGGAGUUGGAGACUGAAAAGCAGAGCCAGGCGGCCACCGAGAACGCCAAGUCGAGCUGCGGCAAUUGCUAUCUGGGCGACGCCUUCCGCUGCUCCUCUUGCCCUUACCUCGGCAUGCCCGCCUUCAAGCCCGGCGAGAAGGUGCAACUGGGUGGAAACCUCCUGAAAUCCGACAUCUAGCCUAAGCCCACCAUGAUACACCCAAACAAGCAAUCACAUUUCAAAUAGUUUAUUAAGACGACUUACUUACAAAUGUCAUAAUGUAAAUACAAAAAUGCACCGCUUCACGAACACAGCAUGUCGAUUCAAAUGUCCAACUGCUCACAUUUCGCAUGGUGUACCCUUGAUGAGAUCGCGGUUCUGGCCCGUCAAAAUACGAUAGUUGACGGCCGAGGGAUCAAGUUCCUUGUACAAAUACGUCGGCAUCUUGUCGGACAGCACCCAAACGGUGCCCUCGUUGUCGAUCUUCAUGUCGUUCGG